GGCCUGGCGUCCUGGCUCCGCAGCUCCUGCCGCUUUUGCGGCACCGGGGCGGCCCGGCCUGGCCUCAUGUACCGAGCGCUGUAUGCGUUCCGCUCGGCGGAGCCCAACGCGCUGGCGUUCGCUGCGGGCGAGACCUUUCUGGUGCUGGAGCGCAGCAGCACGCACUGGUGGCUGGCGGCGCGGGCGCGCAGUGGCGAGACAGGCUACGUGCCACCCGCCUACCUGCAUCGCCUGCAGGGCCUAGACCAAGAUGUCCUGCAAGCCAUCGACCGGGCCAUCGAGGCCGUGCACAACACAGCCAUGCGGGACGGGGGCAAGUACAGCCUGGAACAGCGUGGCGUCCUCCAGAAACUGAUCCACCACCGGAAAGAGACCCUGUCUCGCAGAGGCCCCUCGGCUUCCAGCGCUGCAGCUAUGACCGCGUCCACCAGUGACCACCAUCUGGAUGCUGCCGCCGCCCGGCAGCCCAAUGGGAUGUGUCGAGCCGGGUUCGAGCGGCAGCACAGCCUGCCCAGUUCUGAGCAUCUCGGGGCAGAUGGAGGCCUCUACCAGAUCCCGCCACAGCCGCGCCGGGCAGCACCCACCACACCGCCCCCACCCGUGAAGCGCCGGGACCGAGAGGCCCUGGUGGUCUCAGGGAGCGGCGGCCGCAGCGCCACACCCUGCGGGGGUAGUUCUGUGUCCAGCGGCUCCACAGUCAGCAGCACCUCCCUGGACACACUCUAUACCGGCUCCAGCCCGUCCGAGCUGGGACCCAGCUGCUCCCCCACACCCCCACCCGUGCCCCGCCGAGGAACCCACACCUCCAUCUCCCAGCCCCAGCCCCAGCCCCAGCCUCAGCCCCAGCCCCAGCCCCCUCCCUCCAAGGUGCCAUCUCCUGAGCCCACUGCCGAGGAGGUGGCAGUUGGUACAGCCUCAGCCCCUGAGACCCUGGAGGCCCUGGGUGCGCUGAGCCUGGGCACCACAGAGGAGAAGGCAGGGGCCGAGACUGCUGUGCCCAGGACCAUUGGCGCAGAGCUGAUGGAGCUUGUGCGGAGAAACACCGGCCUGAGCCACGAGUUAUGCCGCGUGGCCAUUGGCGUCGUGGUGGGUCACAUCCAGGCCUCGGUGCCGGCCAGCUCACCUGUCAUGGAGCAGGUCCUCCUCUCACUGGUGGAGGGCAAGGAUCUGAGCACGGCGCUGCCCUCGGGGCAGGUCUGCCAUGACCAGCAGAGACUGGAGGUGAUCUUUACAGACCUGGCCCGGCGGAAGGACGACGCCCAGCAGCGGAGCUGGGCCCUGUACGAGGACGAGGGCGUCAUCCGCUGCUACCUGGAGGAGUUGCUGCACAUUCUGACUGAUGCAGAUCCUGAAGUUUGCAAGAAGAUGUGCAAGAGAAAUGAGUUCGAAUCUGUCCUGGCUUUGGUGGCCUAUUACCAAAUGGAACACCGGGCAUCGCUGCGCCUGCUGCUGCUCAAGUGCUUCGGAGCCAUGUGCAGCCUGGACGCGGCCAUCAUCUCCACCCUCGUGUCCUCCGUGCUGCCUGUGGAGCUGGCAAGGGACAUGCAGACGGACACACAGGACCACCAGAAACUCUGUUACUCUGCGCUCGUCCUGGCCAUGGUCUUCUCCAUGGGGGAAGCAGUGCCCUACGCACACUACGAACACCUGGGCACCCCCUUCGCCCAGUUCCUGCUGAGCAUCGUUGAGGAUGGACUGCCCUCGGACACGACGGAGCAGCUGCCAGACCUGUGCAUGAACCUCCUGCUGGCGCUCAACCUGCACCUGCCAGCCCCCGAGCAGAACACCAUCAUGGCUGCCCUGAGGAAGCACACCAAUGUCAAGAUCUUCUCCGAGAAGCUGCUGCUGCUGCUGAACCGAGGGGAUGACCCCGUGCGCAUCUUUGCGCAUGAGCCCCAGCCGCCGCACUCCAUCCUCAAGUUCCUGCAGGACGUGUUCAGCAGCCCCUCCACGGCGACCAUCUUCUACCACACAGACAUGAUGGCGCUUAUCGACAUCACUGUGCGACACAUCGCCGACCUGUCGCCCGGGGACAAGCUGCGCAUGGAGUACCUCUCCCUGAUGCACGCCGUGGUCCGCUCCACGCCCUACCUGCAGCACCGCCACCGACUGUCCGACCUGCAGGCCACUCUGCGGCGCAUCCUGACGGAGGAAGAGGCUUCGCCCCAGUGCCAAAUGGACCGGAUGAUUGUCCGAGAGAUGUGCAAGGAAUUCCCAGUGCUGGGGGAGACCGCCAGCUAGCACCUUCCCUCCCCUUCCCUGCAGCCCCAGUCAGGGUACAGGGGACUCAGGGGCUUGGCCCUAAGAAUGUUUUGCACUGACAGUAAGGGGAAGAGGGGGUAGAAGGGACCUGAGCCUUGAGCAGGUAGCCCCCACCUGAAGUAGUGCUCAUGCAAGGGGCCAAGUGUAGCAUUGGGGACCAUGGUCUGGGAGCUACACUGGGGCAGGGAAAUGUACAAGCUGAAGCCCUCUCUCCCCUGGUAGGCCGCCUCUUCAGCAUGCCUCCACCCCUACCCAUAUGCGCGCUCAGUCCUGCCGCUGCUGCUCCAGGCUGGGCCAGGGCCCCACCCUGCCUGGUUUGUGUCCUGGGCCUCAGCAAGCCAUGUCCUUGGGGUGAGGGGAGGCACCUCCCACCAGCUCUGUUCUUUGCCUUAGCUUUGCAGUGAGUGCUACUCAUGUGCCCCUACCCCUAAGGGGGUCGCUGCCCUUCGCUCCCACCCCCAGAGGCCUUGGCCAAGCUGCUGCUUUGAAAGCGGGAUCUUGGAGACAGGCCAUCCACCCUGGAGCCUCACGGCACGGGACGAUGGUGCCGAGAAUGCCAACGACAGAAUCUAUUUUCUCUCUGAAAAUGCAGACUGGGAGCCAUGUGUAUUUUCUGAUGUGCUGCAGCUCACCUUAGGAAAUAAAUCACAGGCGUCUGGAAGCGGCUUCCCUGUCUGAUGCCUCUGGUCGGCGGCAGA